UUUGAUGACCACUAAACAUUCACAGCCACAGUCGACAUUUGCAAAAAGUCUAACUUCAACAAGUACAAAUACACCUUAUUUUAAAACCGCAGAAAGUACAGAAAUUCCAUCUUAUGUGAAUAAAUGUCCUAGCAACGGGCUCUGCAGUAGAUUGCCACCAGACUGUAUGACAUGUAAUACAAACUACUCCUGUGUAUAUGGGAAGCCAGCCACUUUUGACUGCAAAGUCAAGCCAUAUGUUCAUUGUGUUGAUGAGAAUAACCAUGAGCAGGAGAACUUCACAAUUAACAUGACAUGCCAGUUUUGCUGGCAGCUUGCAACAACUGAUUACACAUGUACCAAUUCUACAAACUGCAUGACAGUUUCUUGUCCACGCCAGCGCUACAAUGCCACUUGCACCGUCCGGGAUCACAUUCAUUGUCUGGGUAAUCGUGUCUUCCCUAAGAUGCUCUAUUGCAACUGGACUGGAGGUUAUAAGUGGUCUACCGCCUUGGCACUAAGCAUCACCCUUGGGGGAUUUGGUGCCGAUCGUUUCUAUUUGGGCCAGUGGCGGGAAGGUCUGGGGAAGCUCUUCAGCUUUGGUGGACUUGGAAUAUGGACACUAAUUGAUGUGCUAUUAAUAGGUGUUGGCUAUGUGGGACCUGCAGAUGGUUCUCUUUAUAUUUAAAUGUGGGUGCAGCGUGCUUCAGAGACAAGUAAUUGCUUGGAAAUAACUGAGUAAAGGAAUGUAGAGAUUUGAGAAUUAAGGUAAAAUGAAGAACAAUUGUUCUUUCUAUGUGCAUACGUUUUAAUGUACAGUAUCUGUACUUAGUUUGCCUUUAACUAAGGUAAAAAUAAAAGAGUGGGGCACUGA